UUCAAAGGUCAAUCUUUUUCAUUUUUACCAGGUGAGCGCUUCCGAACCAAACCAAGAAAAAUGAGCGUAGAGACCCGUCAUCCGUUCUGCGAUCUUCCUGGAGAUCCAUCGUUGAUACUUACUACCAACGUAGACCUUGGUUCCAAAAAGCUGGACAUUUUGAAAGCUAUUUCCAAAGCCAUGGCGGAACAUACCGGGAAACCAGAAGAAUACAUCGCCGUUUCCAUUAACGACAAUGCAGACGUUAUCUUUGCCGGUUCAGACGCGCCCACGGCAUUGGGUUGCAUGUACUCUAUUGGUGCGAUUGCGAUGGAGAGUAACGGCAAGAUUACGGCAUCUGUAUCGGAUCUUCUGGAAGAAUAUGGCGUCGACGCGGCUCGAAUCUAUAUCAACUUUUUUGACAUGCCCCGGGCCAAUGUCGGUUGGAGCAAGCGAACGUUUGCUGGAUAAAAUCCGACCAACCGACAUGUUUUGUUUCCGCACUAGACAAAUUACUAGACAAGAAGUGCAUCCAGGGUCAUAGCAAUCGAACGGACAGAUCGAAGAACAAAGUAGAGAAUAAUUGGCAUUUACCGAAUUUCCCCAAAUUAUUACC